CCCAAGAUACCUUUCCGUUCUCGUAUUAGACCAAACUUAACCAUCCUCGAAAAGGAAAAUCCCUUACAUUUUCCCUCACUUUCUUUCCCACCUUCCUAAAAAGUAGAAACGCAUUUUCCCGGAAAAAAAAAGUGGUAGAAAAUAUCUAGAAAUUUUCUCCCUCGCCAGGUACUCCCCCUCCCUUCUUCACUCUUCGCACCACCCUAACUUAAAAAAAGAAACACUUCCGAAAUUCACAGUAAAUUGUACAUUUAGAAACGACAGAAAAAAUUUAGAAGGGAAGAGAAAAAGAUUCGAUGGGUGCGUCUCUAUCGAACCUAACCGAAGGAACCAAUGGGACGGCGAUGGGACCAGGAUUAGGGGACAUACCAGAGAGCUGCGUGGCUUGCGUUUUCACGUACUUGACGCCGCCGGAGAUUUGCAAUCUGGCGAGGUUAAAUCGCGCAUUUAGAGGGGCGGCGUCGUCGGAUUCGGUUUGGGAAAAGAAGCUACCGAGCAAUUAUCAAGAUCUGCUGGAAUUGAUGCCACCUGAAAGGUACAAGAAUUUGUCCAAAAAAGACAUUUUUGCUCUUCUCUCUCACGCCAUACCUUUUGAUGAUGGAAAUAAGGAAGUAUGGCUGGACAGAGUGACAGGCAGAGUAUGCAUGGCAAUAUCUGCAAAAGGGAUGGCAAUAACUGGAAUCGACGACCGGAGAUAUUGGAAUUGGGUUUCUACUGAGGAAUCUAGAUGGAUUAAGCUACAAAUUUGUUGGAACGGGACAUUUGGUAAAUUAUUCCAUGUUGUGGCCUAUUUGCAGCAAAUAUGGUGGUUUGAAGUCGAUGGAGUAGUAAAGUUCCCUCUUCCAGCUGAUGUCUAUACCCUCUCAUUCAGGCUUCACCUUGGAAAAUUUUCAAAAAGGUUGGGAAGACGGGUGUCUAGUUUCGAGCACACCCAUGGUUGGCACCUAAAGCCUGUAACAUUUGAGUUAUCUACUUCUGAUGGUCAGCUAACAUCAUGUGAGCACUAUUUAGAUGAUACUGAACAAGAUUAUGAAAAUGGAAACCAUAAGCGUGGAUGCUGGAUAGAUUACAAGGUAGGAGAAUUUAUUGUCGGCCACUCAGAACCAGCAACUGAAGUCAGAUUUUCUAUGAAACAGAUAGCUUGCACACAUUCUAAAGGAGGGCUUUGUGUAGAUUCUGUAUUUAUUAUCCCCACUGACAUAAGAGAGCGUAAAAGAAGAGGGAUCUUGAAAUAGCCGGAAACACAUCAAGGUUGUUUGUUAUCAUCAAUGAUCCCUGGAAAUUCCAUGUGGGGUUCCACGUACAGCUUAUACUUCUAAAGACAUUUGUUGUUUUAGAGGAUAUCAUCUUAAUUGGUUUUUGGAGGAGGUAUGUGUCCUCUAUGGUUAUGUAAGUUUCACUUCCAUGUAUUUGAUCCAGUUUUGGUUCCUUUUACACCUUUGCAGAUAAAAUUAAGAGAUUAUGCUUGUUUAUCAUCUUGUUUUCAUCAGGUGCUUUCUGUUAAAAUUUUCAUAACUUAGUUGUGAUGCAAAUGAGGUACAAUUCUAAAUUCUUUCUUAUAUCUUACCAACGCAGUUUUAUUCCUUUAUUGUUCCUUUACGUUUUUAGAAAAGCUUCAUGGUGCUAGGAGAAGCUUUGUUUGCUCUCUUCUGAUCUGUAUGAAUUUUUAACUGUUGCAAUAAAUAUGUUAAAUUAUUUUCAUUAGUUAUCACCAUAAAGAAUUUUUGUGUUAAUUAUGAAAUUCAUGGCAUCUCUACUAUAACUGUGUUGUUUUGGGGGUGGAUUAUAUCCAGAUUUACUGCAUUCGUUAAGUUUGAUUGCAAUAGUGAUUGUGGAACUGCUACAUUAACUAUGCCCUGUGGGUCUGCCUUGCCCCUUCUGUUUGGGAAACCAACUCUAAUCAGGUUGGUGUGGUUGGUUAAGCCGUAGGAACCAUAGCUGAUAUUUCUUUUUAUAUUGUACUAGACUAACUCACUGAGGUUGGGUUGGUUUACCCAGAAACUCACCAACUUGAAUGACAUGGUCAAAAUCAUAUAUGCUCAUUAUCCAUUCAGCUUUUUUAUCUUGUUAUUCCUCUUCCUUGCUCUUCUACUCUGAUUUUUAUUUAUCCAAUAAUUCAGCCAUUGAUAUUUCAUUUUCUAAAAGUGUAGGCAAUAUGUUGACUUCAUUUGCUUAUCAUUACUUUUCCUUAAUUGAUAAUUUGUCAAUUAGUUCAACCAUUUGCAUUCUCGAAUUAGUUGAUUCUGUUUACAUUUGACUUGCAUAUGGUAUUAGAAAAGUAUGACAGAAGAAAUCAAAAUUUCACUACCUAGCUCUCUCGUGGUUUUGAGUUGGCUUAUUUUUGUAGGUAGGUGGUCCAGUUUCUUUUUUUUUUUUUUUUUUGUAUAGGAGGCCAUAGCCUGGGAAUAGGAGAAGGGGUUACAGCUAUCGGGAUUCAAGUUCUAGACCUAUUGAAUGCUAUCUCUUAAGAAUCGAUAUAAGAGCCAACUGAGUUAAACUCUGAGUUUAGUUUCAAUCUUUGAAUAUAUUGUCAUUCAUUGGUCUGCACUAAAGUUGUUACUAUAAGAUAAGACUGAAGUAAGCUGCAUUCCUAGUUUAAACUCUGACCUUGGGCGGAUAGUCCUCUUUACCAAAGGUUGGUCCAUGGAGUCGACUUACAGCUGUGAGCAAAUGAAAGAGGUUUAUGCUAGGCUGGACCACCAGUAAGAAGUUUUGGCUGCUUAAAACACGGUGUGGUAAAGCAUGUUUCUCAAUGAUCUGACUAGGACUAAACCAGGUGUUUGAAGUUUGUAAUUAUGAGAUGAUUGUUUUCUUUUUUUUUUUUUGGAUAAUUAAAAUGAUCAUUUUCUUUCCCCUUGCUCCUCUCCUCCCUUUCUGUUUGGAACAAAAUAAUUGAUUGUUCGUUCUUUUCCGGUUAAGAUUACAACAUUUUAGUUGAAAUGAAGUCUUAUCUUCUCGCUUUUAGAUACAUUAAUUCGACAUUUGUGAUUGCAAUUAGUUUACCAUUGUUUGCAGUUUUAUUUCAUUUGAAACUCAUUGUCUUCAAAGUUAAAUUCUUGAACCAGCAGCUGUAAUGUUUUAAAUUUGCAAAUUU